AUGCGUGAGUGCAUAUCUAUCCACGCGGGCCAGGCUGGUGUGCAAAUCGGCAACGCGUGUUGGGAGCUGUAUUGUCUCGAACAUGGCAUCCAACCAGACGGGCAGAUGCCCUCGGACAAAACCGUCGGCGGCGGAGACGAUUCCUUCAACACAUUUUUCAGCGAAACAGGAGCCGGUAAACAUGUUCCUAGAGCAGUAUUCAUAGAUCUAGAACCAACAGUAGUGGAUGAGGUACGCACGGGUACAUACCGCCAACUUUUCCACCCCGAGCAACUGAUAACGGGCAAAGAAGACGCUGCCAAUAAUUACGCUAGAGGACAUUACACGAUAGGCAAAGAAAUUGUCGAUUUAGUUUUAGACAGGGUCAGGAAACUCGCUGAUCAAUGCACCGGACUGCAGGGCUUUCUGAUCUUCCAUUCGUUCGGUGGCGGCACCGGAUCAGGUUUUGCAUCACUCCUUAUGGAACGUCUCUCCGUCGAUUAUGGUAAGAAAUCCAAACUUGAAUUCGCGAUAUAUCCGGCACCACAAAUCUCUACUGCGGUUGUGGAGCCUUACAACUCUAUCCUCACAACUCACACCACAUUGGAACAUUCAGAUGCAGCAUUCAUGGUCGAUAAUGAAGCCAUUUAUGACAUCUGUCGAAGGAACCUAGAUAUAGAAAGACCUACGUACACGAACUUAAACCGCCUCAUUGGUCAGAUAGUGUCAUCCAUCACUGCGUCACUGCGAUUCGACGGAGCACUGAAUGUUGAUUUAACCGAGUUUCAGACUAAUUUAGUGCCAUAUCCUCGAAUUCACUUUCCACUAGUGACCUACGCACCAGUUAUUUCUGCCGAAAAGGCGUAUCAUGAGCAGCUAUCUGUCGCCGAGAUCACCAAUGCUUGCUUCGAACCCGCAAAUCAGAUGGUUAAAUGCGAUCCGCGUCACGGGAAAUACAUGGCGUGCUGUAUGCUUUACCGAGGAGACGUGGUUCCUAAGGAUGUAAAUGCCGCCAUUGGCACCAUCAAAACGAAACGCACCAUUCAGUUUGUAGACUGGUGCCCGACAGGAUUCAAGGUGGGGAUAAACUAUCAGCCGCCGACUGUGGUACCGGGUGGAGAUUUGGCGAAGGUGCAGCGCGCCGUGUGCAUGCUGUCCAAUACUACUGCCAUAGCGGAGGCGUGGUCUCGCCUCAACCACAAGUUUGAUUUGAUGUAUGCCAAGCGUGCAUUCGUGCAUUGGUACGUGGGGGAGGGGAUGGAGGAAGGCGAGUUUUCAGAAGCCCGUGAGGAUCUGGCCGCCCUCGAGAAAGACUACGAGGAGGUGGGAAUGGAUUCCGGUGAGGGCGAGGGAGAAGGCGGCGAGGAAUAUUAA